CAGCUUUGCUCCUCCAGAACAGUUCCAGUCAGGUCACGUCACUCACGUUCCUUCUCAGCACAAGGAACAUGACUGGAGAGGAAGAGGGAGGUGCUCCACAUAUAAUCUUGUGUUCCACAGAUAACACUUUUCCCGGAGCUAUAAAGAUGGAGCCUGUAAAGAAAGAGCCCACAGAGGACCUUGAAGUUGAGGUGGAGGUGGAGCUGGAGACGGAGCCUAGCGGAUUUGUGGUAUCUGGACGGCGCUUUCGCUGUUUAAAAUGCCAAAAAACAUUCCCUAACAAACCUCGUGCCCAGCGCCACUGCCAGUCCCACUCUUCAGAAUCUCAGUCUCCUGCAAAGGCCAAGGGAAGGGGGGCACCUAGUGAGAGACGGCGACACCAGUGCUCUGACUGUGACAAGUCCUACAAAUCUGUAUCUGAACUGCUCAGCCAUGCCCGGAGCCACACUGGGGAAAAACCUUUUGUGUGCAAAGAGUGUGGCCGAUCCUUUAUGCAACCCAUUUGCCUUCGGGUACAUAUGGCCACACAUAGCGGGCAGCUUCCCUUCCCUUGUGGACAGUGUGGAAAAGCUUAUGCAACUCCAUCAAAAUUGAGGAUCCACCAGAGACUUCACACUGGUGAACGUCCCUUCACUUGCCCAGACUGUGGAAAGGGUUUUGCUGACCCUUCGGUCUUUAGGAAGCACAGAAGGAGCCAUGCUGGGCUACGUCCAUACCAAUGUAACCUGUGUCAGAAGACCUAUAGUGAGCUGAAAGACCUAAAGAACCAUGAACGAACCCACACUGGGGAGAAGCCCUUCCUAUGUUCUGAUUGCGGCAAAGCCUUCUCACGAGCCUCUUCCCUUACAUGCCACCAACGGAUUCAUGCUGUAGAAAAGCCUUACAAGUGUCCUCUCUGUGGCAAAUACUUUACCCAGCUGUCAUCUUAUCACAGCCACCAGCGUACACACUCUGGAGAGAAACCUUAUUUGUGCCCGCAGUGUGGACGGAUGUUUUCUGAUCCAUCCAGCUUCCGAAGGCACCAGCGGGCACAUCUGGGUGUGAAGCCCUAUCAGUGUGAUAAGUGUGGAAAACCAUUUCGUCAACCAGCAGACCUGGCUGUUCAUCAGCGUAUCCACACAGGUGAAAGACCCUUUCGCUGCCCAGACUGUGACAAGACAUUUGUGGCGUCAUGGGACCUGAAGCGCCACCGGUUAUCACACAGCUCAGAGAGACCAUUUCAAUGUCAAGAAUGUGGCAAAGGCUUUGCUGAGCGCUCAGGGUUAAGUAAACACCAACGCUCACACAGUGGAGAGAGACCUUUCAAGUGUGAGGAGUGUGGCAAAAGCUUUGUAGUGUCUUCCAGCCUAAGAAAGCAUGAGCGCACUCACCAGAAACCUGAGAAAGAACCCAACAAGAAGAAGGGAACUGAAAAAGAUAACAAUAAUAAGGGUGAGGAGAGCACCACUUGCGAGAAGUGCGGGAUGAUAUUCCUUAGUAUGAUGGACCUGAAAAAUCACCAAAGGGCUCACCCAGAGCUGCGCCCCUUCCGCUGUGACCAGUGUGAGAAAAGUUUUGCUGAUAGUUCAGGCCUUAAAAGGCACCAACGUAUCCAUAGCGAUGUACGACCUCAUGUGUGUGCAAUCUGUGGCAAAGGCUUCCUUGUGCCCUCCGACCUGAGAAAGCACCAAAAAACUCAUGCUAAGGAGUGCAAGGAGGAGGAGCUGACCACACUGACUCUCCAUCCAGCUCAAGGGUUUGAGUCCCUUGUGUCCUUUCUGGAGAAGGUGGGUCGGGACGACAUGGAAGUCAUGGAUAGUUCACCCACGUCAAACUGAACUUUAUCUAAUAGCAGGAUCUGAACUUCUCUAGAUAUCUCUUUUCAUUUAAUAUUAAAACUUUGCUAUUGCAAAGAGGUUCACCAUCGGAGGAUUUUCCGCUACUUGUUGCCUAUAAGAGUCUAGCUGUGUGUAUUUACUUUGCCAAAUGCAAUGUGAUCUAUAUAAUGACAUAAUAUGUGCUAUUAAUAUUAUUAUUGUUACAUAUAUAUAUAUAUAUAUAUAUAUAUUUUUUUUAUGAAUGCUUUUGGGGCCAUGUAAAUAAAUAUGUGAUAAGCAUCUGAAACCCA